AUGUCUGCAGGAUUACCAGGGAUACACACUCUACCUGUGGAAACGAUCUCGCACAUCUUUCGCUAUCUGGUACGCGAGGAGCUCGACGCAAUCCCGGAGCAUCACGAGAAGCUGCCACCCGCUCUCAUCUUACGUUUGGUCUGCCGCCGCUGGCAUGCAGUGGCCUUGGAUACAUCCGAGCUCUGGGUGGAGCUAGUGGGACCGUACGGUAUCGAAUGGACCCGUCGAGCUCUAGGGUUGUCGAAGAACCUUCCGCUCGACCUGAAUAUUGUCUCGGGUCAAACAUCAUGGCAAAGGCGCGAAAUCAAAGACGUCCCUCACUCCCUACCACUGCUGAAGAGAGAGAAACAUCGCAUACGAGACCUUAAGGUUGAUUGUUACUCACCCCCUUAUAGUUUGGAGCGCGAGAUCAUCUGGGCUUUGUUCACUGCACCUUUACCUAAGCUCGAAUCGCUCAAUCUUCGGCACAUCGAACAUACGCUCGACGAAAAUCUGCUAUCUGGAGCAACGCCGUCUCAGCUGAAGGAGCUCAAUCUCUAUUCCUGUACCAUGACAGUCAACUGCGUACUGCUCCAUGCCCCAUUGACUACCUUGGAUAUAACCGACUGCCCCAUCUGGACUUCAACCGAUGAAUUACUAGAUGCUUUGUCUCAUUUGCCACAGUUAGAGGCGUUCCACUGGGAGGUGACGCUUACCACCUACAAUCAACAUGAUCGGCCGUUUAAGCCGCUUCCAAUAACCGCGGCGUUAUGUCCCAAUCGUACACUAAUACAUCUGCCGCAUCUCCGAAGUAUUGACAUGCUUACCCAAGCCGAAUACAUCGUGCACAUCAUGGCUCAUAUCGUGUUCCCGACAUCAUGUGCAAUCUCGGUUCAGCUCGAGCUCGACAAUCUUCCUCGAGAGGCGGCGAGCAUCGACGAGCUUUGUGUGGUGCUGGACCUUGUCUUCGGCCGUCGAUUGCGCGCGGCAUUUCCUGACGAUGGCGAUCCAUCUGGCUUCCAAACCAUGAAGUUGGAUUGUUUUCUCGAGGACUUCACCGCAGGGGUCACCGUCGAGUGGAGCGAGCCGAUCUCACCGUCCGGUCCCCAAUGGUUCACGCUCGGGUUUCUCCCCCUUUUGGACGGCGAGGACGAGUAUGUCUGCGCAGAAUCUAUGACCAUCCUGCGACACAUCCUCACGCAUUGGCCAUCGACUGUCCAUGGCAUCGUGAAUCUGAUCAGUGAACACAACGGAUUCUAUACUAAUCCACAAGCGGGAGUCGCCAUCGAGGACCAACCAUGGUCGCAGCUACUGAGAUACGUCCCCACCCUGGAGUCUAUCAACGUUCAGCGCGAUAUUCAGGGACUCCCAGACGCUCUCAUGUACCAUGCGACCAACCUUACUCUUCCGCAUCUCCGUCGCCUUGACGUUGGAGGUGUCGAAUUCACUCUCGAUCAGUGGACGGGCCUCAUGAGAUCAAUCAAGAUGAUCCCUGGAGUUGAAGAUGUCCCUCGUCAGGACUCAGAUCGGACUCUAGCUCUCCUUCUCGAGAACUGUCAAUUGGGCGGCGUUGAGAUGCCUACCUUAGCUACCUUAGAGACGGAUGACUAG